AUGUCUUCCUCUUCCCUCCGCAAAACACUCUCCGCGACUGCAGAUGCCUACCUCGAUGCCCACCGCACCCUCUCCCCAACCGCUCUUGCAUCCGUCUACUCGCCCAAUGCAAAGCACUCGAACUACCCGGCGCCCGUGACGCCCAUUUUCCCGUCCGUGAGCAACGCCGCGUACCUUGAAGGCGUCAAGGAUCUCUUCACUAUUUGGACUUCAUUUGAAGUCAACGAAUUUGCUCCAAGGGUUGUGGACGAGGAUACUAGGAGGGUUGUACUUUUCGUGGAGGGUGUGGGAGAGACAGUAUCCAUGGGGACGUAUCGCAAUGAGUAUGUCGUCGUUUUGGGAUGUGAUACGGAUGGGAAGCUGAUUGAUGAUCGUUUACAAUUCUUUGAUAGUGCAGGGUUGCUGGCAUGGGUGGGGAAGAUGGGUGAGAAAGCGCGAGAGUUGCAGGAGAAGGUCGUUGGGGAGGAUCAGAGAUAG